CGUAAUUUGUCACGCUCUUCUUCUUCUCUCAUCUCGCCAAAUAGAAUAGUACUGCCAAACAGACAGCAUAAAAACUAGAAAAAAGCAAAGCAAACAACUAAAGACAGUGAGAGGGAGAGAGAAAGAGAGCGGCAGAGUGAAUCGCAACAAACAGAGAUCUCACCUCUGCCAUGGGUUGAUUGGUACCUUCACCGGAAAGUAAACGAGCAAGGAAAAGAGGGCUGCCGUGCCAAAGAGGUGGCUUCUCGAUCGCCAACGAUAGAGGAAGGCUGCUCAGACCUGGAAUUCUGUUUUCUCUCCUUCCGGUUUCUGUUUGUGAACUGCUGAGACAGCCGUUACUCGUCCGUUCAGAAGUGAUCGCACUACUGCAGCGUUUUCAGUGAUCACGUUUCCUUUCUCGAAUUUUGGCGUGGAUACGGUUAAGGAGUGGAGAUAUUACGUUGCCAAGCUUUGGCCUAGCGUCUGGAUAGACAGUUAUCGCUUCUGUCUGGGUUUUUGGUUAUUUGGAGACUUGCAAAUUCUGAGAACUGUCCGUUAUUAAGCUAUGGCGGCCCAGGCGAAGUCUAGGCGUAUGUACUCCUGGUGGUGGGACAGCCACAUCAGCCCCAAGAACUCAAAAUGGCUUCAGGGGAAUCUCACAGCUUUUGUACUGUUCGACUGAGCUAUUAAUGCCUCCACUAACUCAUUUUAUUGACACAACAGAUAUGGACUCCAAAGUUAAACAAAUGAUCAAGCUUAUUGAAGAAGAUGCGGAUUCGUUUGCAAGAAGGGCAGAGAUGUAUUACAAGAAGCGUCCAGAACUUAUGAAAUUGGUUGAAGAGUUCUACAGAGCAUACCGUGCCUUGGCUGAAAGAUAUGAUCAUGCUACUGGUGUUAUCCGCCAGGCUCAUACUACUAUGUCCGAAGCGUUUCCCAACCAGGCUCAGUUUGCUCUAGGUGACGAUUCACCAGCGGGCACUGUUGUUGAUGGUGAUCCUCAUACACCUGAUCUUCCUUCUAUCCGUGCGUUUGUGGAUCAUGAUGAUUUGGACAAGGAUGAUUCGGGAGUCUCACCAUCGCAAUAUUAUACUGCAAGGAGAAGUGGCGGCUUUAUUGACGAAUCUGAUUCGUUUGUUAGCAAAAAGGGUGUGAAACAUUUCAAUGAUUUGCUUGGUUCUGGAGAAGGGAUGGGAAGAGUGAGAAAAGGCCUUAAUUUUCAGGAUGUGGGAGACAAAGACAAAAAUAACGGAGGCCAUGACCGGGUUGCCAUUGCUGAGCUGGAAAUUUCCACCUUGAAGAAUGCCCUUGCUAAAUUAGAAGCUGAAAAAGAAGCUGACCUACGCCAGUACCAGCAGAGUAUGGAAAAAUUGACCAACCUGGAGUCAGAAGUGUCUCGUGCAAGAGAAGAUUCUUUUGGACUCAACGAUCGAGCCUGUAGAGCUGAAGCAGAGGUUCAGACUCUAAAGGAAAACCUGACUAAGUUUGAAACUGAGAAGGAAACCAUCUUUCUUCAAUAUCAGCACUGUCAAGAUAAAAUAAUUAGCCUAGAGAAGAAUGUAUCUUGUGCCGAGCAGAACAUGGGAGAGUUAAAUGAGCGAGCUAGUAAAGCUGAGAAUGAAGCUCAUUCUCUAAAAGAAGAUGUGGCUAGAUUAGAUGCUGAAAAGGAAGAUUCUAUUGUUCAGUAUAAACAAUGCUUGGAGAGGAUAUCUGAACUGGAGAGCAAAUUACUACAAGCUGGCGAAGAUGCAAGGACUUUUAGAAAUCGAGCUGAAAAGGCUGAAGAGGAAGUUGAAAGAUUGAAGCUGGAACUGACUAAGCUAUCUGAGGAGAAUGAAGCUAUUGCAGUUCGUUUUCAGCAGUGUCUCGAUACAAUACAAACACUAGAGCAUAAACUUGCUUGUGCUGAGGAGGAAACCCAGAGGCUGAACUCUGUCAUAGACGAUGGGAUUUCCAAGUUGAAAGGUGCUGAAGAGAAGUGCUCGAUUUUGGAGAGGUCAAAUCAGACCAUGCAUUCUGAUCUUGAGUCUUUGCUACAAACAAUGGCAGUGCAAAAUGAAGAAAUUAAAGAGAAGCAAAUGGAACUUGGGAGACUUUGGGGUUGCGUGCAAGAAGAGCAUUCGAGGUUUGUGGAGGCCGAGACUGCUUUUCAAACCUUGCAGCAGUUGCAUUCUCAAUCUCAGGAAGAACUCAGGUCUUUGGGUGCGGAGCUUCACAACAGGGUUCAGAUUUUAGAGGACCUCGAAGCUCGUAACCACAGUCUAGAGACCGAGGUUCGCAAGGCUGAGGUCGAGAACAAGAACCUGAGUGAAGUCAACUUAUCUUCUGCUCUAACAAUACAGAACUUAAAUGAUGAGAUGUCUAGCUUGAGGGAGCUGAUAGGUAAACUUGAAUCAGAGAUUGAACUUCGUGUGAACCAAAGAAAUGCUCUUCAGCAGGAAAUUUAUUGCCUAAAGGAAGAACUAAAUGAGAUUAACAAGAAUCACCGGGGUAUCAUGGAACAGGUUGAAUCAGUCGGCUUGCACCCGGAGUGCUUUAGCUCAUCUGUGAAGGAUCUGCAGAAUGACAAUGCAAAGCUGAAAGAGGCAUGUGAAAGCAACGCAAGUGAGAAACUAGAACUUUUGGGGAAGUUAGAGGUCAUGGAGAAUCUUGUAGAGAAGAAUACUUUCUUGGAGAACUCUUUGUCUGAUUUGAACGUGGAGCUGGAAGGGGCUAGGGAGACAAUGAGAAAAUUAGAAAACACAUGUCAAUCACUCAUGGGAGAGAAAUAUGUUCUUGUCUCUGAGAAGACUGCAUUGAUCUCUCAGUUGGAGACUGUAACCAAUACUUCAGAGAAGCUCAUGGAGGAAAACACCAUUUUGGAGACAUCCCUCCUUGAUGCAAAUGCUGAACUUGAAAAGCUUCGACAAAAAGCAAACAGGUUGGAAGAGCUAUGUCUUUUGCUUGAGAAUCAGAAGUCUGAUCUGGCUACUGCUAAAGCGAGUUUAACUUCUCAGCUGGAGGAUCAUGAGAGAAGUUAUGGAAACUUGGUGGAGAGACACUCAAGCCUUGAGAAUGAGAAACUGUCCAUGCUUCACAAAGUAAAAGAGCUACAGGUUUGUUUGGAAACCGAAAAGCAACAACAUGUUGCGUUUGCACAUCACAGUGAGUCGCAGAUCAAUUCACUACAAGAAGAAGCUAAGCUCAAGAAGAAAGAUUUUGAGGAGGAAAUCGACAAAGUCAUUAAAGCUGAGAUUGAAAUCUUCGUCUUGCAGAGAUGCAUACAAGAUCUGGAAGAGAACAACUCUUCCCUCUUGCUAGAGUGUCAAAACCUUUUAAACGCAUCAAAACGGUCAGAGAAACUGAUUUUAGAACUCGAGCAUGAAAAGCUGGAGAGAAAGGAGGAGGUAAAAUGUCUGUCCGAUCAACUUCAAACACUGAGGCUGGGGAUUUAUAGAUCAUCGAAGAUUUUUGGACUCGACAUAAGUCUGUGGGAAACAGAUGAGGCUGGACUUCUAAACCAAGUUGUGAACAAGCUCGAGGAAACACAAAACCUUCUCUUCAAGACGCAGGAGGAGAAUCAACAGUUAUCCAUCGAGAAAUUUGUUUUUGUCACGCUGCUUGCGGAACUGCAGAGCGAGCUUGCUAAUCUCGUGAUUAAGAAGAACAGCGUUGAUCAGAAGUUGAAGACCAGUACCGAGCAGCUGUUGGUUUUAAAGAGCGAGGGACAGAAACUUACGGAGUUGAAUGAGCAGUUAACGCUGAAUGGGGAGCAGAGAGAAAUAGCCUUGAGUGCUGAACUCAAUGCUGUGCAUGCAAAACUGUCAGAGUUACAAGAAGCCUACAGAAAGGUAGAGAAAGAAAAUUGCAACCUCUCUUGUGAGCACAAGUCCCUAGAGGAGGAAAUGUGUGGAGUUAUGUCCCAAACGGUAUAUGAAACUACCCUGUCUCUGAUUUUCAAGAGUGUCAUCGGUGAAAAGUUUGUUGAGAUCAAGCUACUCUACGACAAACUGGAUGAAGCAGUCAAUUGCAAUAAUGCUCUGAAUGAGAGGGUCAAGAUAUUGGAGGUGAAAUUGGACGAGCUUGUCAUGCUGGGGGAUGAGAAAGAGGUGUUACACCAAAAAGAGCUGGAGGGUCUGAAGUCCAAGUACGAAGAGGUUGAAGCUAUAAAAGCAAGUCAGGAAAAGCAGCUGAUAAAGCUAUCUGGAGACUAUGAUGAGCAGAGCAGGGAGGUGAAAUGCAUCAAUGGCGUCAAGAAUGAGCUGGAGAGUGAAAUAAGCAAAUUACGUGGGGAUUUAGUGGAAAUUAAAAAUAGAGAGAUCUUUUUGAAUGAAGAACUGGGGAAGGCAAGAACCGAGGCUGAACUAUGGGAGUCUGAAGCCGCUGUCUUCCUGGGCGAGAUGCAGAGCUCUGCUGUCCGAGAGGAAUUGUUUGGAGGUAAGGUUCAUGAGCUGAUUGAAGUAUGCAAGAGCUUUGAAGAGAGAAUUUUCUCCACGGAAAAGGAUCUGUCCCAGCUGAAGGAAAGAGUGAGCACCUUAGAGAGCGAAAAUGGAGAUCUCAACGGGAAAAUGAGUGCAUGUAUCCCUGCCUUCGUAGCUUUGAUGGAUAGCGUAGCAUCACUGGAAAAUCAUGCUCUUUCAAAUACGACGACACUUUCUCAAGGCGAGAUGGAGCAAGCAGAGUUCCAGGAUGCUCCAUCACAGUUGCAGGAAGAAUCCCUCGGGGAAGAAACAAAUAAAGACCAGAGAUCAAUGUUUUUGGACCUCCAAGAACUACAAAAGAGAAUCAGGGCAAUUGAAAAUGCAGUCAAGGAAAAGGAGAGACUGAUUACUCUUGAAAACACAACUGCAAACACCAAGCUCGAGGCCGCGAUGAGAGAGAUUGAAGAGUUGAAAUCUGGAAGCAGCAUGGCGGCUGAAGGAGGCAAACCUGUUGUUAACCCCAAAGCAGGAGCUAGAUCGAAGAGUAUUGACCUCAGGAUGCAGAAACGAACACGUGGAAUCUCAGAUGGUAGCGAAGUAAUGACAAAGGACAUAAUACUCGAUCAGGUCUCCGAGAGUGGAAGCAUCAGAAGGUAUCCUUCAGUUGAAACUCGGGAAAUCUGGGAAGCUGCUGAUGAUGACGGUAGCAUCGACAUGACUGUUGGAAAAUCUCACAAGAUGUCCAGUGGUAGAAAGAAUCACAGCAGCCGAGAUCAUCCCUCUGCAGAAUCCAUACAGUUCGAGAAAGAGGUUUCCGUGGACAAACUACAGAUCUCCAGGAGAUUCUCAGGGUCAUUCUCCCAGGAUGCUACUAGCGAGAGAAAGAUUCUGGAGAGACUGGAUUCUGAUGCUCAAAAGUUAACAAACCUUCAGAUAGUUGUGCAAGAUUUGAAGAGAAAGGUGGGAGUCGAUGAGAAGGGCAAGAAGGUUAAAGGAAUUGAGUACGAGAAUGUGAAGGAGCAGCUGGAUGAAUCGGAGGAGUCCAUCAUGAAGUUGUUCGACUUGAACCGGAAGAUGAUGAAGAACGUUGAAAAUGAGUCCUCAACAUCUUCCUUGUCGGCCUUGGAUGAUGAGAAAGCUGCUGCUCGCAAGAGGAAAAUCUUUGAGCAUGCCAGAAGAGGGUCGGAGAAAAUAGGGCGAUUGCAGUUGGAGCUGCAGAAACUGCAGUUUCUUCUGCUGAAGCUCGAUGAUGAAGAAAACAAGAGUGGCAGGGGCAAACCUAGAGCUCCUGAGCGGAAUGCUAGUGUCCUGCUGCGUGAUUAUCUCUAUGGUGGAACAAGAUUAACCCCGAAGAACAAGAAGAAGUCACAUUUCUGUUCUUGUAUGCAGCAGCCUGCAACUAGAGGAGACUGAGGAGGCGGCUGUGGCGUAUCUGCCUUUUGCGGGAUCUCCAUUUAUCGGUAGUGAUUUUAUGUAAUUAAGGUCAAAGGCGAAGCUCUUUGUUGCGUCGAGCACCAGUUUUUCUCCUUUUUAAUGCUUUACUUUGGUUUGCUACAAGUUGGAUCUAGCGUUUUCGUAUUUGAGAUCCUGCUGUAAAAUUUUCUGGCUGAUUCUUAUCAAGACCAGCUUCUCUCGUACAGUUUCUUCUUUUUCAAUGAGUUUGUCUCUGCCUUUGCUUGCAUCUUUCCAAGAACAUAGUUUUUCAUUUCCGGAUA